ACUUAGCUUCCUUUCAAGGAUGCAGAGUAUUUUCCAAGCUUUAGCUGCUCAUAGAAAGUGGAAGGAAACAACAGAAAGUACACGUUCACAUUCUCAGUUGGGCUUUUAAUCAGCAUUCUGUUGCCCUGGUUCACUCCCUUCCUCGUGUAUGAAACCAGUUUUCUUAAACCUGAAAGCAAAAGAGCAACAAUGGCUUCUCUUGCUUCUGUUAGCCAUCUGCUCCUGCUGUUCCUUCUUCUUCUGCCAUAUCUUGCCAUUUCACAGUCCAAUAUAACCACGGGCAAGUCUCUGGUUGCUGGGGAUAAGGCGUCUACUCCGUGGCUCUCUCCUUCUGGAGAUUUCGCCUUGGGGUUCAGCCAACUCGACAAUGGCGAGAAUUUCCUAGUCUCCAUAUGGUAUGAUAAGAUUCGUGAGAAAACCAUAGUCUGGUGUGCCAGUGAAAACAACAAACCUGUCAUCGUGCCCCGGGGAUCAAGACUGGCGGUAGCUGCUGAUCAUGGGCUCGCUCUCAAUGAUCCAGGAGGCGGAUCUCUAUGGAGCUCCAAUCUUAUAGUUGGUGGGGUCGCUUAUGGAUACAUGAACGACACUGGAAAUUUUGUUCUUAAGAACAGCAACUCUGAGAUUCUUUGGGAGAGCUUUAAGAACCCCACGGACACCAUCCUGCCCGGACAGAUCAUAUCAGAUAACAGGAUUCUGUUGUCUUCUAGACAAUCAGCGAGCAACUUCUCUCUGGGAAGGUUUCAGCUCCAUUUGCAGGAUGGGAAGCUCCUGCUUAGGACAAUAAACUUGCCUUCCAGUUACGCCAAUGAUCCAUACUUCACUUUCCCUGCUCCUUUGCCCUUCAUUCCUGGUACCGGGAUUAGUUUCAAUGACUCGGGCUUCUUGAAUCUCCUUCAUGACAACGGCCAAAUGUCGCCUCUCAGGACAGUUUCGGGGGAAUCACCCAGGGACUACUAUUUGAGAGCCACUUUGGAGUCAGACGGGGUCUUCAUCCAGUACUCUCGCCCCAAGACUGGGGGAACUUGGAAGGGUGUUUGGCGGGAACCGGAAAAUAUAUGCAAAACUGAUCUAGCACCAAUAGGGAGUGGCAUUUGUGGUUUCAACAGGAUAUGCAGGCUCGAUGUGAAUUACAGGCCUGUCUGCGAUUGCCCUCGGGGAUUUUCUCUGUUUGACGAGAAAGAUGAGUAUAGAGGUUGUGUACCUAAUUAUUCACAAAGUUGUGGAGAAGCGCAGAGUUCCAGACCGGAUAUGUUUGUACUUGAUGAAAUUACUAAUAUCGAUUGGCCAACUUCUGAUUACGAGCUCUUGCAACCUUUCAAAGAGGAUGAGUGUAAAGACUCCUGCCUCCACGACUGCAUGUGUGCUGUCGCCAUAUUUAGAGGUGGCGACAUGUGUUGGAAGAAGAAGCUGCCUCUGUCCAAUGGCAGGAUCGACACCAGCCUCAAUUCGAAGGCCUUCAUCAAGAGAAGAAAGGAUGGAAUUCCUCCGCAGACCCCUAGUCCUCCAGGACCAGAUGAUGACAAGAAGGAUACUUUGAUUCUUGCCGGGUCAGUUCUUUUAGGUAGUUCGGUGUUUGUCAACUUCAUACUGAUUGCUGCAACAGGCCUCGGCUUUUUCUUGAUAUACCAAAACAAACUAAAAAAGUACUUUAAAGAUGAAAGCGGCAUGGACAUAAAUAUACGCAGCUUCACAUACAAAGAGCUUGAAGAUGCCACGGGUGGCUUCAAGGAGGAACUUGGGAGGGGGUCGUUCGGCAUAGUUUACAAAGGGGUUAUUGCAAUUGGAGACUCCAAAAAUGUCAUAGCUGUUAAGAAGUUGGAUAGGUCUUUUCAGGAGAGUGAGAAGGAAUUCAAAACUGAAGUUAUAGUGAUUGGACAAACCCAUCACAAGAAUCUGGUUAGGUUGAUCGGUUACUGCAACGAAGGGCAAAACCGCUUGUUGGUUUAUGAGUUCUUAAGCAAUGGAACGUUAGCGAGCUUCCUGUUUGAGGAUCUGAAACCCAGUUGGGAACAGAGGGCCCAAAUUGCCUUGGGAAUCGGAAGAGGACUCCUCUACUUGCAUGAAGAAUGCAGCACCCAGAUCAUCCAUUGCGACAUAAAGCCUCAAAAUAUCCUUCUUGAUGAUUAUUACAAUGCCAGGAUUUCAGAUUUCGGACUAGCCAAGCUAUUGAUCAGCCAAACCCACACUCACACUGCAAUAAGGGGAACAAGAGGAUAUGUUGCGCCCGAAUGGUUCCGGAACAUGCCAAUCACCGUGAAGGUCGAUGUGUACAGUUUUGGUAUCCUGCUGCUAGAGAUCGUUUGCUGUAGGAGAAGCAUUGACAUCGAAGCCAGCAAUGAAGAUAGAGUGAUCUUAGCUGAUUGGGCUUAUGACUGCUAUCAAGAAGGUACGCUAGAAGCACUUGUUGGAGAAGAUGAGGCCGCCAUGAAUGACAUGAAGAAGCUCGAGAGAUUUGUGAGGGUUGCCAUCUGGUGCAUUCAGGAAGAUCCAGCCUUAAGACCAAGCAUGAAGAAGGUUAUGCUAAUGCUUGAAGGGAUAAUUCAGGUGUCUGCACCACCGUCCCCCUUCGCGUAUAGUACCAUAAGUACGGUGUAAGCUGAGAGAUGUUCUAGCAUUUCCUUAGAGCCAUUUCAGCCCUUGUCUUUGUGAUACAUAUUUAUCAUAUUAUGUAGACAAUUUCUUACGAAUGAAGUCCUGCAUUGUGAACCAGUCUAGGAUGAUUCUAAGGAAGAAAAAUAUGCAGCGAAGAGAAGCCAUCAAUCAACGGUAGUAGUCUUAUUGAGAAAAAAAAAAAACCACCUUAGUCCCGUUGAGGGAAAAAACUUUAUCAGCUCUGUUCUACUAUCCGGUCCUCUAUGUACUCAACUUAGCCACAUGAUUUGCUCUUAAUAUCGUCUUUUGUCAUGUCUUUAGACUUCAGUGAGAAGAAAUCUGCUGUACACUUUCCCAAUAAAUGCAGCACGAUUGCAAAUUACGUUUUAUAA